GUGUCGCCCUCGGCUGCUUGGGCAAUCGGGAUCAGAUAUUGCUCGAGGAAGCAGUUGAAAUAUAAACAAGACGGAGCGCUACCUGAGAUUUCUCGAACUCGGUCGCCAUACGUUGGUCAAGAGUCCGCCAACCAGCGGCAUCAUACUCAAUAUCCCUCCCAAAGCCAUGUUAAAGACCAUUCUGCCCAUUACAUCAGACGGGAGAUCUGGAACUUGUGACGCGAGAACUACUGGAUACGCCGCAACCGCUAUGGUUAUCGCGGUACCCACGACCGGGGGAAGCAGUGUACUCAAGCCAAGGCGAUAAUUGAUGAAUGGAAUUCGAAGAAAUGUCUCGAGAUAUCUUGCAGGGAUACGAAUGAAGUGUAUUCGACGUCGGACUUGCUAGAAUACCAUACAUAUGUGAGAUUGGACGUAUCUAACGUACCCAAAUGUCGUGCAUUAUCAACCUCCAAUGUCAACGGACUGAAAAAAGUCUUCAAUGAAGUACUCAAAAUCCCCACUCCCGCGUGAAAACUUAAGCGAAUUAACCUAACAGAGUUGAUAAAAAACCGAUAGAUCUGAGCGAUGCGAUGGAAGAAGCCCGUAUGCUGAGCCGUUGGAGGUGCUACAAUCAUCGGCAUAGACGAUGCACCAUGCUGGGAUACGCAGUUGAGUGAUCUCAGGAAAAACAUAGCAGAAAAGUUGUUGGUUGGACGCUGCAAAAGACCUCCCCAAAAGCCAAUCUCCGCAGGGUGUCCAAACGACCUUACGUCAUGUGCUGUGCUGCCUUUCCACAGCAGUUCUGAGCGUGAAAACACGCUGCUGCUUGAUCUCUCAACUGCAAUUCUACAUGGCAGCCGAAACGCAAUCGGAACAGCUCUCCGCCACGGACACAGAUUCCGAGUCCAUAGUCGUCGUUGAGAAGCCCAGCGAAGAGGACUUGGAUGAAAGUCCUCUCGAGCAACAAGAUGAUAUUCCGCCGCUUGUUGCGGACGACGACAAAGACGUCGAUGCAACAGAAUCAAAAACCUCCAAGACGCUAUAUGACGGUGCCAAAAUACUAUUGUUGGUGGAUGCUUUGAGUGUCUCUGCACCUCACUCUCCGCCAUUGGAACAAUUGUCAAAAGCGGCAGUUCUUCAAGGCGAUCCUACCGGUGAUGCACCCGCAAGCCCCGCAGCAGCGGCAGAGCCUGUAGCGACGUCUACCGAGCUCUCUUCUCCCGGCACGGACCCAACCGCUGACAAGACACAGGACUUGUCUUCUCUUGAACCCAACCAACAAGUACCUGACCCAAUAACAACCGAAACCCUUCAAACCAAGCUCGCUCCGGACAGUGGUAUUAUAACUGAUGAUAAGGAUAGCUCCGAAGGAAAUGAAGACGCAGGAAUAGUUACUGACGAUGAAGGAGACGAAGCCGAAGCCCUUCGUUUGACUAGCAAUAAUUAUGACAAGAUCGAGGAUGAAAUGGCCGAGGACUUGCGCGAGGCCCGCCACCAUGUCGUCCAGCCGCCGACAGAACAGCAACCUGCGCAUGAUGUUGGGAUUUUGGAAGAGAUCUGGAACUCUAUUUUUACACCCGGUGUCAAUUCGCGAGUUCAGGGCGUUAUGAAUCUGUCAUUUGCUGGCCUAUUCCUAUCGCUCACCGCUCUGGCGGUGGCAACGGGAGGCAACAUGCAUGUGCUCGCAUUGAUGGCCAUUGCAAUUUGCCUCUUCCUUUCUGUUCAAUGGUUUCUGAGAGAGCUAGCACGAAUGCCACCACCGCCGGCGGAACCCAUUGCAAACACUGGUCCCAGCAAGAAAACGGAUUAAGUGAUGAGUACUAGUGAAGGAAUGAAGUGAGGGUGGGAUUUCUAUAUAUGUAGCUGUAUUUUUUGGUCGUAUAUGUGCUGAUAUUGUGAAUACUUAUCAAGUUACUGCUGUACUGUAACGAGUUCUCCGUGUAGAUGAAGGUUGCGCUAUUUACAUGUAUAUCCUUCUCAUCGGUAGAAUAUGCAUACAACACAACCAUUCUGAUCCGACGGGAUAAGCAACAAGAAUAUAAUUCCAUAUCUUGUUUGCUCAACGAAUAAAUUGCGUGGC